ACGUUCCUAUCGCGAGGUUACCAAAUUAGCUUGGUUAGUUAGCUAACCGCGAAAAGCUUGAUUUGUCUAUCCGCAGCUUACAGUUUUAUUCUGUUAAAAGCAUUAAAAGAACUUCGCAUCGCCGCUUCAUUAUCUUCUCACGGCUGCGAGGAAGGUUAAUCGUCGGACCUUGUUUGCACGUGAAUUUUCCCUUUUCAGGAUCCCAAUGAUGAGUUAUGCUGAAAAGCCAGAGGACAUCACAAAAGAGGAGUGGAUGGACAAACUGAAUAAUGUUCAUAUACAGAGAGCCGACAUGAACAGACUCAUUAUGAACUACCUGGUGACAGAGGGAUUCAAAGAGGCAGCGGAGAAGUUCAGGAUGGAGUCUGGGAUCGAGCCAAGUGUGGACCUGGACUCUUUGGACGAAAGGAUAAAGAUUAGAGAGAUGAUCCUGAAAGGACAGAUACAGGAAGCUAUUGCACUCAUCAACAGCCUACAUCCAGAGCUGCUGGACACUAAUCGAUACUUGUAUUUUCAUCUGCAGCAGCAACAUUUGAUUGAGUUAAUCAGGCUAAGGGAGACUGAGUCAGCGCUGGAGUUUGCCCAAACACAGUUGGCUGAGCAGGGGGAGGAGAGCCGCGAGUGUCUGACAGAGAUGGAGAGAACACUAGCUCUUCUGGCCUUUGACAACCCAGAAGACUCACCCUUUGGAGACCUUCUCAACAUGAUGCAACGGCAAAAGGUGUGGAGCGAGGUGAACCAAGCUGUGCUGGACUAUGAAAACAGGGAGUCAACGCCCAAACUGGCUAAACUCCUGAAGUUACUGCUGUGGGCACAGAACGAGCUGGACCAGAAGAAGGUGAAAUAUCCCAAAAUGACUGACCUUAGCACAGGCACCAUCGAGGACCCCAAGUGAACCCCCCCCCCUUUCCAUGUCCCCUAAUUUAUGAUCAGUCAGUGACUGUGUGACAACCAGGUAACAUAUAUGUAUAAACAAAUGCUAUGUUGUUUUUUUCAUUUAUCAUUCAUGAGAGGUAAGACUUAAUUCAUUGUGCAAACUGUAAAUUGCUGUAUUUGCAAAGUGACAGAAAUUAUUUAGUUUAAAUAUUGAUCCUGGAUUUUUAGAUCAAUCUUGGAGACAACAAAAGUUAAAUUGCUGUUUUAUAUUUUGUCUUUCUGAAGCCUAUACCAGUAGUAUUAUUUAUUGUGACCAUUUUUCACCGCCAAGACGUUAUUUUGCCAUAAAGAAAGUUGAUGGUUUGAAUACAUGGUGAAUUUUAACAGUGUGGAGUGUGGAGUGUGGAGUCAGAGCUCUCCGGAAUUGAGGGCAGUCAAGCGGUGCAAUUUGAGGCUGCAAACACAUCAAUAAUGCUUUCUUUUUUUAAGAGAAGACAUCAGUUUACACUCAGAUUGCACACUGUAAACCAGAAAUUAGUCUAAAAUUU